UGAAUUCGAAGGGUUCUUUAGAUAUGUGCAAUUGCUCAUCUUCCUUCUUCUUCUUCUCUCUUCCCGUCCUCAAUGCUCGACCGGUGAAACCCAAUUCAGAGAAUUGUAGAUGGAGGCUCAGUCGGAUUCAACAUUCGAUCUUAAAUUGCUCUUGGAGGAGUCACGACGUCUCAAUCCAUCAAAUUGAUACUUUAUCAAGAGGAGCUCAGUGUUAUUUUGAUUCGAAUAACUCUGCCUUUCUCGGGCAAUCGAGCAAAAGAAUCGUCUUUUGUUUGAGUUCAUCAUCACUACCUAAUGAAGAAGAUGUAGUGCAUCAAACAGUGGAAAGUGAUAGUGCAGAGUUACCUGGAGAAAGUGAUUUGAUUCGACUAGUAGGUGAUAAUGAUUUGAUCAACACUGGCUCUAAAGGAUUCAAACAGACGAUGACAAGAUCGAAUCUUGUUGCUAAGCAAGUUAUUAGUAUAGAAUCAGCUCUGAGUUUAGGAUUUAUCUCUCAGCUUUGGGUUGACACUAUUUCUUGGUUGGUUUUGGUGGUUGAUGUCAAACCAAGCUUACUAUCUGGAGAAUCUGAGAGAUUUCUGCUCAAAGACAUUGUCCGGGUGGGUGAUGUUGUGCUUGUAAAUGAUGAGACUGUAUUGGAUACUGAAUUCAAGAUGGUUGGACUUGAAACACUGGUGGGUUACAGAGUAGUGACACCAGGAAGGAGAAACAUUGGAAAGGUUCGAGGUUACUCGAUCAACAUUAACUCGGGAAUAGUUGAAUCGCUUGAGCUUGAUUCUUUCGGGGUAACUAUCAUACCAUCAAGCCUGGUGAGUACAUACAGGUUAGAUGUCAAGGACAUAAUCGAGGUCUUACAAGAUAUAGUUGUGGUUCACGAAGAUGCAGCUUCUAGAAAACAGAGGUUGACUAAGGGACUCUGGGAUGGUCAGUUUGAUAGUGAAUACUCUGAUGUUGAAGAGCUUGAAAGUUCAUCUGAUAGGAGACGGCGAAGGAGAAACAAUAGAUCCAACCGAAAGAAGAGAGAUUUGGAUGAUGACGAAUGGGACAUAUUCCGCUAGAAGUCAUGCAUCCAUUGUUUGCCAUACAUCUUGACAUAUAUCUUCGGCUGUAUCUGAUAGAGAAAAUGAAACAAAAAACAUUACUUGCUCAAAUAAAUUUUCAAGAUCACA